CACUAGAACCGCGAUAUCGCAGAUAGACCCGUACACUCAACCAAGAAGCUCAGAAGCUCGAAGAUCUCUCUCGCUGGAAUCCAUGGCGUCGAUGCUUCUCCUCUUCCCCUCCUCUUCCUUCGUCUCUCAGAGACCAGCCUCUUUGAUCCCCAUCCGGCCUUCAGGCCACCACCUGAGAGAUGGAUUUGAGAAGAAGGGAGGACGUUCUCGAAUCCAUGUCGCUGUUUGCCGGGCAUCGGGGCCUGUCUAUUUUAGCGAUCUCGAUGCCGAUGACUUCCGCCAUCCGCUUGAUAAGCAGAACACAUUGCUUUUGAGGGCAAUCCCAGGACUAAAGGACCUUGGCAAAGCUCUAUUAGGACCAGUCACAGAAGAGGUCAUGUUUCUGGAGAACAUAGGAACAUCUGUACUUGUUACAGAAAAUCAGCUUUCUGAACUUUAUCAGUUAUUAAUUGAGGCUGCAAAGGUGCUAAACAUUGAGGCUCCUGACUUAUAUGUGCGCCAAAACCCUUCACCCAAUGCGUACACUCUGGCUAUAAGUGGUAGAAAGCCAUUUAUUGUUGUCCAUACUAGCCUGGUGGGACUUCUGACUAAAAGAGAGCUGCAGGCUGUUUUGGCUCAUGAACUGGGCCACUUGAAGUGUGACCAUGGUUUGUGGCUUACAUUUGCAAACAUUGUUACGUUGGGGGCCUACAGUAUUCCUGGGCUAGGUGGGUUGAUUGCUCAGAGAUUGGAAGAACAACUGUUUAGGUGGAUUCGAGCUGCUGAACUAACUUGUGACAGGGCAGCUCUCCUUGUUGCUCAAGAUCCGAAGGUUGUCAUCUCAGUUCUAAUGAAAUUGGCGGGAGGCUGUCCCUCCCUGUCUGAACAACUUAAUGUUGACGCUUUCCUAGAACAAGCUCGAUCAUAUGAUAAGGCCUCAUCAAGUCCGAUAGGAUGGUACAUCAGGAAUGCUCAAACAAGCCAAUUAUCUCACCCUCUGCCUGUUCUUCGUGCGCGAGAAAUCGAUGAGUGGUCAAGGAGCCAACAGUACAAACUCUUACUGAAACGGGCAAUCCGACCUGAUGCUGCACAGAAAAUAUAGACACACCCCUGUGAAACAAAGAUCCAAUAUGAUUAUAUCCUAGUUAAAUACAACUUCACAAGUAAAUUGCUGUUUGUAAACAGUAGAAGACUGGAGCAAUGUUCAGUGACAGAUUUAGACUUGGGAUUAAGUACUGUAAGUAUAAUUGUACACAAUAAACAAAUGACGAUACCGUAUAGUGUGUAUAUAUACAUAUAUUGUUAGAUUGGUAUGUAUACUAUUUCAAGUUUCCAAUGGUGUCAUGCAUUGGAUAAUAAGUAUUUUGUGUGAUAUUUUUAUGUA